UUCACACACUCGCUAAGACACUCUUCUACUCACAUCCACACCGUUUGUCAGGGUUGCUUGCUCUAAACUUGCUCAACUCCUCUGGGUGGAUAUACAAUCAAAACUCUGUUUUUUAAGAAGAAAUCUCCUCUAACCUUUUGACUGAAUCAUGCUUCUUGCUCUGUAGGUAAGGGACGCUUUAUAGUGUUUAAAGGUUCCCACAGGGAUAAAACAAAAGAGCUCCCGUUCUACUCGACCCAGACCCCAUCUUCAACAGGGGAGCAGAUGUGACUGAGGAGGAGAGGGGGUGAAAGAAACCCAAUCUCCCCCACCCCGACCCACACUCAAGAACAAUACCCUGCCUUCAGCUGGAAAGGGUCAGCUUUUGUCCUUCUCCCCGGGAUACAGCUCAGUUGAAGAGCAGACAGACGCGCUGACAGGUUGACCGGUUGCAGCGAAGAGGAGACGACAAGGCAAAACAGCCUGCUGCACUGUAGUUGCUUCGAUUCAGUACUUGGACAGUUCCUGAUCAACAACUAGAGAGAGUGUGUGCAUGACUUUAGAAGCUUGUGGAGUGAAGGAUCUGUUUUGUGAGGGACAAAAUAUUACAUCUCAUUUUCAGAUUUAAACAACAACAACAAAAAAUACUGAGAUGCAGCCACCUUUUUCAUUCAAGCUUGACCUUAAUGGUUCUUCUCGAGCCCUGGGAACAGAAGAAAACACCUCCACCACCAGCAGCAGUUUGCUGCAUCUGGGAGAGAAGCAGCUAUUUGAGAAGUUUUGGAAGGGGACUUUCAAGGCUGUGGCCACCCCAAGACCAGAGAGUGUUAUCGUGGCGAGCAUUACCUCCAGUCGGAGGGUGAUGAGCUCAGAACCAACAGCAUCUUGCCUGCUUCAGGCAGAUGAUCGGAAAGCUGCUGACACACAGGCGGACAUUGCAGACAGGAACGGCUGCAUCAAAGGAAGCAGACGUAAACGCCACGGCCACCGCAGGGCCAGAGUAUCCUCCUUUGAUGGUCACCUCUCGCCUCGGCGGAAGGGAAAGAAGAAGAAGAGAAAAUCAGAGAGAAAGAGAAAAAGAAGACGGUCACCUUCUCAGAGUCUAUCACCAGUGCGGAAGAAUAAAAAGAAGAAGAAGAAAAGCUCUAAGAAAAGCAAGCGGCAUAGGUAUACCUCUAAGAAGUCUAAACACAGUUCUUCAAGUUUAAAACGUAAAAGAAAGGAUGAACGCAAGCACAAGAAAAGUUCACGGACUCACUCACAUCGCAGGCGGCGCUACAGGAGGUUGGAGUCGGACUCUUCCUCCUGCCGAUCUUUCACAGGGGACAGACACCUGCAGAAGUCUGUGGUUCAUCAGGCUUUCAGAGACAUAGGAAGGGCUGGAGAGGAAACCCAAGAAGCACUAAACCCCACGGAAUCAAAGUGGAGAAGAACAACUAAAUCUGUGUGUAAAACGGCUCCUAAGUAUCGCUCCAUCCUCUCUGCAGGCACCAUUUUGCCUUCAAAGCCAGGAAGCAAGCUUUUAAAUGGGAAUGGAGCCCAGGAUUUUUCAAGUCACACUGGAGGUCCACGUGACUACGACUCUGGUAACGACACAUCUUCACCUCCGUCAAGCAAAACUGGUGUCUCUCGGGCAAGCGUCGUGGAGAACCAGAGGAGCUGUCAACAUCUUACCUCACCUCCUGAGAAGCACCACUUUGCUGACAGAGAUAAUGGCUCUGAUUCAGGAAACUCUGUGACAAGCUACGCUUCUUCAUGCAAACCUUACAGGGAUGAUGGCUUCUCUGCUACCCUUUUCAGUGGAAACAGCAAGAGUACGCAGAUAAGCUUGGGAUGUGAGGAAGAAGAUUUGAGAUGCCGGAAGACAGCCAGGUGUACACAUAGGAGGAGCAGGUCAUAUCGAAAGAGAUUUCGGAAGAGAACCCUGUCCUUUACCAGUAGGAGCAGAUCCUCAGUCAGUUCCCGGUACUCUGGGCGCCAUUCUCGAAGCACUUCAUUGUCUUCUUGCAGCUCUUACUCAACUUCUCUGAGUUACUCAUCAGACACGAGGAGAAGAGGCAGCUUGGUCAGCUUGAGCUCAAGAGAAAGCUACUCCAAGUACAGCGCACACAGAAGGCGAGAUAGAAAGCGACGGUCCAGUUCCAGAGAGAAGGAUAUGAAACACAGACAUAAGGUUAGUGGGAAGAGACGAAGAAGGAAAUCCUACUCCCCAAUGAGAAAGAGGAGGAGAGAUUCACCGAGCCACCUAGAGGCACGACGCAUCACAAGUGCCAGGAAGCGACCCAUCCCUUAUUUCCGACCCAGCCCCUCUUCCAGCAACCGUUCCACCAGCGUGUCAUCAUGGAGCAGCCUCUUUACACGAAGCCGCAGUCGCAGUCCGAUCUACAGCAUAAGACACAGCCGCAGUCAUAGUCGGAGCUUCUCUUCCUAUAGAAGCUACAGUCGGAGCUCAUCAUGGAACUCGAUCUUUGGGUCCCACAGUCGCAGCCGGAGUCGUCUCUCCUUGAAGAAACGAAGGAAAACCAGGCGUUGACAAAUCUCUUUGGAGGGACAAAAACUUCAUUUCUAUUCCUAAUCAGGACAAUGGC